AUGGGGAAGAAUAGCAGAGUGUCCAUGACCGAAUCGUCGAGAGGGAAUUUUUCACCUUACCCCGCUGGACCAUCGUCGUCAAUGGGUCAUAGUCCUGUCGGAGAUGGAUCAGAUAAAGGUCCCGUUGUAUUCUUCCAGUUAGCUGACGGGUCAAAUGCGACCAAGAGGCGUCUAAAACCAAACAAUUCACUUGAAUCAUUAUUACCUCGAAUCAUAGACAAAUUAGAUCUUGACGUUGCACCUCAACAAGUACGGCUAGCUCAUAUAAGAGAUCAAGGAAGGGAAGUAGAUAUAUUAGAUGGAUACGAUUUCGCUGCUUUCCAGAGGAGAGCGUUUGAUAACCCUUCCACAAUCAAUAUCGUCAGAGUAUACGUACCUGCCUCUUCUACCAAUCCUGUUCAUUCUUCCUUCACACUACAACAACCACAAAGCCCCUCCCCUGCCGGAUUUCUCCACAAUGAUGCCAACAUAUUUGAAACUCCGAAGAGCAGAUCGAAGAAGGAUAAGAAACGUAAACGGAAGCAAGAGAAAGGAUCGACGCCACAAGUAGAGACACCCAUUCAAGCUUAUAAGCAUAUAUCACCAGUACAGCCUUCUGCUCAAACGAUAAAUACACCAACGUUGACAAAAUCACAAUUAACAAAACAGCGAAAGCGAAAUGCCGCUGUUGAUUCACUCUCUCAAUCACCUACAUUGCCUUCACCAAGCGAAAUUACCCCAACUCUGCUGAACCCUAGAGAAAAUGCAGGUCCCGAAAACGAUGACAACGUUCCAACUCCCAAAAGUAAUAACAAAGGUAACAAGAAACGCAAGAGGCAAUCCGAAGCAGCUGAAUCUCCUAUUUCAACUUCAACUUCAUCAUAUCCUGCACUGGAGUCGGCACGAUUGCAGAAAGAGACUUCUGGCAGUCCUGAGAAGAAGAAAAAGAAAAAGAAGAAUAAAAGCAAAUCACCACAAAAGCCAUCCCCAGCUGUUGAGACAGCAAAGCCCUCAACUGCCUCAUCCUCUACCCAGGUACCUACUUCCGACACGAACACUGCCCUUCCUGCACCCCUAUCACAGCUCAAUAGAUACAAACCUGUCAAACCCAGUCCACUAGGUCGAGUUCCAACACCUUCAAUAGAUGGUGAUGACGAAACUGUUGAGCAAGAACCCCCAAAGUCAGCUAGGAAACCAAGAAAGACGAAGAAACAAAAGCUAUUGGAGGAGGAGGAGGAAGCAGCACGGAUCGCAUUGGGUAAAUCUGCCGAGGGAACGAUGGAAGGCCAAUCCAGCGCAAGCGACGCUGUGGAGGAGGACGAAAACAUAGACGAAACCCCUACAACACCCAUUGCUGGUCCAUCUACUCUUCCUGAUAUUAAUGUUCCGAAACGUCGAAUUCCUCUUUCUAUACCAAACAUUCUCUAUGUAAGGCCCAACGAUAUCCUCCCCUUUAUCUCGACAAAAUACAACUCCUCCACAUUCGACAGACCACCGCAAAGAAUAUACGUGAAUUCUUCACAGCGAAGUAGGAAGAAAGUCGAGCAAUCGCCAGAGGCGGACGAAGAUGCCAUGUCGUUGGAAGAGGAAGAACGUCCAAAAUCUCCUUCACCUCCAAUAGGAAAUAACACAGAUCAGCCAGCAGGGAACGCUGAGGAGAUCGCACAACCUUUCUCUGAACCAGAUCCCCAGCAAGAUCCUGUACCAGUCACAGUAGCGAAAGUCGCGCGCGCAGUGUUCGAUUCAGACAUCGUGGAAAAACCUACAAAAGUCAGAAACAGGAAGAAGAGCAAUAUUACAGCGGAAAUCAUGAAACAUCCUAGAGAGGCAGUGGCCGCCGAGGAAGCUGAGAAGGAAGAGGACACGAGACAAAGAGAGAAUGCUGAAACACAGGAACAAAUCGACGAUGGAGUUCCAGAUCAGGCAGGUAGCGGUAAGAAGAUCCCGGAGGAAAUGGUAAUUCUAGCAGAUAUAUCACAGCCGGACCAGCCGCGUGGAAGUCCUGCUCCUCCCCCUGUCAAAAAGAACAAAGCUAUCCUGUCCGCCUCUCCGUCUCUUGAAAAUCCGAAGAUCCGACAUCAUCUCCCAUCUGUGCAUCAUAUUGAGAUUGCCUCUCGUGGCGGCUGUAGGAUAUGUGGUGGACCCUGUGUGCUGGAAAAGGAUUGUCCAGAGGUUCAUAAAGGUGUAGGACGUUUGUAUGAGAUUUUGGAGGAGAAGAAAAAGCUCAAGAAUCGCACGUUGAGGGAAGAUGCCGUAGGGGCAAUCGAAUCGUGGAUCAGAAGGCUAAGCAGAGUCAGUAACAUCGUCAAGGGUACUGGAUCCCCCCCAUCUGCCUCAAAGAUCCAUGCAGUACCCUUCGACCGGACAUCUUUGACAUCUCUCCCCAUCAUUGAAAAGGCGAGCCCCAUAACUGCUUCUCGAAGGCGAUCAACUACUCCUCCUGACUCAGCCGAGCCCUCCGAAGUACCUCAAACUCCUUCGCCUUCUCCAUCGAUAUCGCCAGAACCAACACCGAUUCCAGCUCAAACGUCACAGCCAGUGUCAUCGCCACCCAGAGAACACAGUGCUCCUCCUAUAUAUCUUAAAGCCUUAUCCAGGAAGGCAGGUUCCGUCUCCGGCCUCAGCGCAUCUGAUGCUAUCAUUGAAACCGGCAGUUCUGCUUCUGAGAGCGAGAGUGAUAAUGGAUCUGGUUCUGAAUCCGAUUCAGCUGAAUCUGGAGCAGAGAGUGUGGGCUCAAAGAGAUCUUCUACUUCCAGCACUCGUACCAAGAGUCGAAGUCGAUCCAAUUCUGCUUCAUCAGCAGUAAGUUCAACGUCAUCUCAACCCAAACGAAAUCCGGAAAUAAGCAAGAUUGGUCCUACACCAAGUCUAGAACACUUCUUAUCCUUACCUCUUAGCCAAAAACAGAAGCAGGCAGCUCGUAUAUCAGCUGCAGCCAUGCAGGACAUAGAAAUGGAAGAAGAGCCUCAAGACGCUUCUGACAUUGAAACGACACCAGAACCCCAGAUACCUCCAUCAUCUUUCGCUAGAGCCAGAAGAGGGUCUGAAAGCUCUCUUGGUGAAUUCGCAGAUGAUACUGUUGAGUCUCGAUCCGACCAAGAAGCGGAGGAAGAUGAAGUCACGUCGUUCACCCAACCUCCCAAUCUCCAGCCAUCUCAAGCCACAGAAACGGUCGAAACAGCUCCGGAAAUCAACCAGAAAUCAGCGUCACCACGAUCGGAUCAAUCGAGACGAUCUUUUGCUGAGCUUGAAGAAGCAGCAUCACCGACACCCGUUGUUGCUGAGUUCCCUGGAUCAAUCGCACUACAAGAAGCCAUUGACGAAGAUGCGGCUCAUGAGCGACUGAUAGACAUGGACCAGCCAGGAAGGAUCGAAGAGGUGAAGACAGGUCAUGUGAUAUCACAAGGAUUGAUGUCUCCCCCUUCUUCUACCGAAGAAGACAUCCAAGCGUCUGUCGAGCCCAUGCCCGGUACUCAAGUCAUCAAUGGCAACAACAAUGACGAGGAAGCCACCCCAAGACCACUAAGACGAAGAGUGACACGGACUUCAGGCAAAGCGAUUGCUGAAUUGGCACCACCGGCAGAUAUUCGACUUUCAUCCUCACAGCCCGCACCUUCUUCGCCCCCAAGACGAAGACUUCGUUCUGCAUCGAGGGAACUCACGGCUGAACCUAUGUCACCACGUAUAACGACAAGACGAAUCUCGGCUUCUCAGCCUGAACCCUCUCAUCGGUACAGGUCGAUAUCUCCUUCUACCCACGCUCCUAUUCGAAGGAGUACCCGGAGGACGACGCCUUCUUCUCAAGUGGAUGAACUCGCUUCUUCCCCUGCUCAAUUACCUAGAAGAAACUCUAGAAGAGGUACAACUCCGGUGCAUUCUUCACAAGCGGAUCAGCUUGAAUCUUCUCCACCUCCUGUAACAAGAACACCGGCACCGAUACCAGAGGAAGAUGAAUCAGAAUUAGAGGAGGACGCUGCGGAAAGUCGCAUACCAGGAGGAUUAAAAACGCCUCUCGUGCCCGAAUCUCAACAUAGUCAAAGUCAACCUGAAUCUCGUCGAGGGUCCCGAUCGAAGCCUUCACCCCUAUUCAUGUCACAAGGAUCUCAAAUACCUCAAACUCAAGCUUAUAACCUUUAUCCAAAUCUUCCUUCCUCCGAUACUGGAAUGAGCUUGAAUGAGACUCCCAAGGGAAAAACAGGAAACGUACUUGAGUCACCGACAUCAAUCAGGAAAACUAACGGAUUAGGUAGAAAAGCAAGUUUGAGAGUAUCAAGUCCGAUCAUAGAAGAAGAGGAAGAACAACAUCUGCCUUCAACCUCGGAUUUGGUCAAGGAUUCUCAACCUGAACAAGAUGAAUCAGACGUAGAAAUCAACGGUAACGAAAAGGAUGCGAGCGCUUCAUCUUCUUCCUCAUCUGCUUCGGAAGAUGAAGAAGAACUUCCGAUUCCCACAAUUCCCAAACUUCGAUCUUCAUCUCUCUAUCCAGCAUUACCACGAUCUUCAAUCGCUUCUCAACCUGCAAAUUCUUUCCCUACUUUAUCGUCGUUACCUAAAGAUGUCCUCAGAAAGUCCAAGUCAACGUUUGGUUUAUCGGCUUCACAGCCUAUGCCAUCAUUGCGAAGCAACAGGAUGAGUUUACCUGCUCAAUCAAGAAAUGGUAAUGGAAACAAGAAUGGAUUCUUGAGUCAACAAGCGAAAGAAAGUGAUUCGAGUAGUGAAAGUUCAGAUGACUCAAGUGAUGAAGAGAAGACUCCUGUCGGUUUGAAAAACCGCAUUGCAAGAGGCAGACAAAAUAAUAAAAUCAAACGAAGAGCAAGUCAAGCUAACAUCGGCUGGUAA